AUGGGUGGUGGCAUGGCCCUGUCGUUUUGCGGCAAUGACGACCAUUUCAAUUCCUACAACGUGACGGAUGGCGUCCUGAACAAUGGCUGCUUCGUGGACGCUCUCAACCUCGUUCCCCACGUCUUCCUGCUCUUCAUCACCUUCCCUAUCCUCUUCAUCGGUUGGGGCAGCCAGAGCUCCAAGGUCCAGAUCCACCACAACACGUGGCUUCAUUUCCCCGGCCACAACCUGAGAUGGAUCCUCACCUUCUCGCUGCUCUUCGUCCACGUCUGCGAGUUCGCGGAGGGCAUCGUCUCCAACAAGAUGAUGCAGACCAACCACCUCCACCUCUUCAUGCCGGCCUUCAUGGGUUUCGUGGCAGCCACAACAUCAGUGGUUUACUACCACAACAUAGAGACAUCCAAUUUCCCCAAACUGCUGCUGGUCCUGUUCAUCUACUGGGUUCUGGCGUUCGUCACAAAGUCUAUAAAGCUGUGGAAGUUUGCAGCGUACUCUGUCGGAGUGGAGCACCUGAGGUUCUGCAUCACAGCCCUGUUAGUGAUGCUGUACGGGCUGCUGAUGGCGGUGGAGAUCAACGUCAUAAGAGUCAGGAAAUAUGUCUUCUUCGCCAACCCCCAAAAGGUCAAACCACCUGAGGAUUUGCAGGAUUUGGGGGUUCGUUUUCUGCAGCCAUUUGUCAACCUGCUGUCCAAGGCAACAUAUUGGUGGAUGAACCCUCUCAUCAUGGGAGCCCAUAAGAGGCCCAUAGAGCUGAAGAAGAUCGGCAAGCUGCCCAUCGCCAUGAGAGCUCUCACCAACUACCUGCGGCUCAAAGACGCCUACGAGGAUCAAAGGACAGCCGAGGAUCCGGAUCGUUCCCCUUCAAUCUGGCGCUCCAUGUAUCGAGCGUUCGGUCGCCCCAUCCUGCUGAGCAGCACCUUCCGCUACCUGGCUGACCUGCUGGGCUUCGCUGGGCCGCUCUGCAUCUCCGGCAUCGUCAAAUACCUGGAUCCUCAAAAUUCUGUUCAGACAACAGACAAGUCCAAGGAGCGAUAUUUCGGCGUGUACUUCAUGUCCUCCACUGAGCUGCUGCAGAACACUUCGGUCCUGGCUGUGCUCCUCUUCCUGGCUCUGGUCCUGCAGAGGACCUUCCUGCAGGCUUCGUACUACGUCACCAUAGAAACAGGCAUCAACCUGCGGGGAGCCCUGCUGGCGAUGAUUUACAACAAAAUCCUGCGUCUGUCCACCUCCAACAUGUCUAUGGGCGAGAUGACGCUGGGGCAGAUCAACAACCUGGUUGCCAUAGAGACCAAUCAGCUGAUGUGGUUCCUCUUCCUCUGUCCCAACCUGUGGGCCAUGCCUGUACAGAUUGUGAUGGGAGUGAUUCUGCUCUACUAUCUGUUGGGUCCGAGCGCUUUGGUUGGAGCGUCGGUCAUAGUUCUGCUGGCUCCAGUCCAGUACCUCAUAGCUACUAAACUGGCAGACACACAGAAAAGCUCACUAGAGCACUCUACAGAUCGUCUGAAGAAGACCUCAGAGAUCUUGAAGGGCAUCAAGUUGUUGAAGUUGUACGCCUGGGAGAAUAUCUUCUGUGACAGCGUGGAGGAGACGAGAGGCAAAGAGCUCACGAGCCUCAAAACCUUCGCUUUCUUCACAUCGAUGUCCAUUUUCAUGAAUGCUGCUAUUCCCAUUGCUGCCGUUCUUGCGACGUUUGUGAUGCAUCACUUCAUCAGUGAAGAGGGUCCCACACCUUCUGAGGCCUUCGCAGCUCUGGCGUUGUUCCACAUCCUGGUCACUCCUCUCUUCCUGCUCUCCACUGUGGUCAGAUUUGCUGUCAAGGCUCUGGUCAGUGUCCAGAAGCUUGGUGAGUUUCUUCAGAGUGACGAAAUUGGAGACGACAGCUGGAGAAACGGAGACAUGUCUGUUUCAUUCGAAGCUGGAAAAAAGCCCAUGGGGAUGACUAAAGCAAUCAACAGGAAGCAGCCGAUGCGCUACCAGAUGGACAACUACGAGCAGCCGACCAGGCGACAGAUGAGACCCACGGAGACGGAGGAUGUAGCUGUGAAGGUGACCAAUGGAUUCUUCACCUGGGGAAGCAACCUGUCCACGCUGUCCAACAUCAACAUCCGCAUCCCAACAGGUCAGCUGACGAUGAUCGUGGGCCAGGUGGGUUGUGGGAAAUCGUCCCUGCUGCUGGCCAUGCUCGGCGAGAUGCAGACCAUCGAGGGGAGAGUCUACUGGAGCAAGCUGCCUGAUAGUGAGAUGGUCCACAGUUGGGACAUAAGUUGGUCAGAGACAGAGGAGUCUGACGAAGACAUCAGGAGCAAGAACAGAUACUCUGUGGCCUACGCUACCCAGAAGUCCUGGCUGCUCAACGCUACAGUGGAGGAAAACAUCACCUUCGGCAGCCCCUUCAAUAAACAGAGGUACAAGGCUGUGAUUGACGCCUGCUCUCUGCAGCCAGACAUCGACCUGCUGCCUUUCGGAGACCAAACUGAAAUUGGAGAACGGGGCAUCAACCUGAGUGGAGGUCAGAGGCAGAGGAUCUGUGUGGCCAGAGCUCUUUACCAGAACACCAACAUCGUCUUCCUGGACGAUCCCUUCUCGGCGCUGGACAUCCACCUCAGCGAUCACCUGAUGCAGGAAGGAAUCCUCAAGUUCCUGCAGGAUGAUAAACGGACUGUAGUCCUGGUCACACACAAACUGCAGUACCUCAUACAUGCAGACUGGAUCAUAGCGAUGAAGGACGGCUCUGUUCUGAGAGAAGGAACUCUGAAGGACAUUCAGACUCAUGACGUUGAGCUUUACGAUCACUGGAAGACGCUGAUGAACAGACAAGACCAGGAGCUGGAGAAGGACAUACAGCAGGACAGUCAAACGAUGCUGGAGAGGAAAACACUGAGGAGAGCGUUCUACUCCAGAGAAGCAAAGAACCAAGUGGACGACGAGGACGAAGAGGAAGAAGAGGAGGAGGAAGAUGACGACAACAUGUCCACAAUCACCAACAGAAGAUCAAAGAUCCCGUGGAGGGUGUGCUGGUGUUACCUGUCCUCUGGUGGCUUCUUCAUGGUCUUCUUGAUGGUGUCCUCGAAACUUCUCAAGCACUCCGUCAUCGUUGCCAUCGACUACUGGUUGGCUAUCUGGACCUCCUCCAAAACCAAUCAGAGCAUGGGAGCCGGAAUGGACCCGUCUAACGGAACCAGGUCCGCUUACAGUGGGAACACCACGCAGCCUACAAAUGCUACCAGCGAGGCCGAGGACGACUCGUACUACCUGCCAGUGUUCAUCAUCCUGUGUGCAGCUGGAAUCACGUUGUGCCUCAUCACCUCUCUCACCGUGGAGUUUCUGGGUCUCUCUGCAGCCACCAACCUUCAUCACAACCUGCUCAACAAGAUCAUCCACGCUCCCAUCAGGUUCUUCGACAUCACUCCCUUGGGGCAGAUCCUCAACAGAUUCUCAGCCGACACCAACAUCAUAGACCAGCAUAUUCCUCCAACGCUGGAGUCGCUGACGAGAUCCACGUUGCUGUGUUUGUCAGCCAUCGGGGUCAUCUCCUCCAUCACUCCAGCUUUUCUCAUCGCCCUUGUUCCUCUGGCGGUGGCCUUCUACUUCAUCCAGAAGUACUUCCGGGUGGCCUCCAAGGACCUCCAGGACCUCGAUGACUCCACACAGCUUCCUCUGCUCUGUCACUUCUCCGAGACAGCCGAAGGUCUCACCACGAUAAGAGCGUUCAGGCAUGAGGCUCGUUUCAAACAGAGAAUGUUGGAGCUGACGGACACCAACAACACAGCGUACCUGUUUCUGUCUGCGGCCAACCGCUGGCUGGAGGUCCGAACGGACUACCUCGGAGCGGUGAUCGUGCUGACGGCAGCAGGAGCCUCCAUAUGGAGCUUAGAAUACGGUCUGCCCUCUGGAGGCCUGGUGGGCCUCGGCCUCACAUACGCUCUCACUGUCACCAACUACCUGAACUGGGUUGUGAGGAACCUGGCCGACCUGGAGGUCCAGAUGGCAGCUGUGAAGAAGGUCAACAGCUUCCUCACCACAGAGUCGGAGAACUACGAGGGAUCUAUGGACACCUCUCAGGUACCUGAGAACUGGCCUCAGGACGGUGAGAUAAAGAUCCAGGACCUGUGUGUGCGCUACGAUCCCAUGCUGAAGCCGGUGCUCAAACACGUGAACGCGUACAUCGAACCAGGACAGAAGGUGGGAAUCUGCGGUCGCACGGGCAGCGGGAAGUCGUCUCUGUCCUUGGCCUUUUUCAACAUGGUGGAUAUUUUUGAAGGGAAGAUCGUCAUCGAUGGGAUCGACAUCUGUAAGCUUCCACUGCAGACACUCAGGUCGCGACUCUCCAUCAUCCUCCAGGAUCCCGUGUUGUUCAGCGGAUCGAUAAGGUUUAAUCUCGAUCCGGAGAGGACGUGCACCGACGACCGACUCUGGGAGGCGCUCGAGAUCGCUCAGUUGAAGAACAUGGUGAAAGCUCUGCCUGGAGGACUAGACGCGGUGGUGACAGAAGGUGGAGAGAACUUCAGCGUCGGUCAGCGGCAGCUCUUCUGUUUGGCUCGAGCGUUCGUGAGGAAGAGCAGCAUCCUCAUCAUGGACGAAGCCACGGCGUCUAUAGACAUGGCCACGGAGAACAUCUUACAAAAAGUCGUGAUGACGGCGUUUGCGGACAGAACCGUCGUUACGAUCGCACAUCGCGUCCACACCAUCCUAACAGCCGAUCUGGUCAUCGUGAUGAAGCGAGGGAACAUUUUGGAGUACGACAAACCUGAGACUCUUCUGGAGCAGGAGGACGGGAUGUUUGCCUCGUUCGUCAAGGCCGACAUGUAGACACGAGAAGUCGGUCGCCGGCAGCUGACAGACUGAUCAGCUUGUUGGUCUUCUUCUAUUUUCACGCAGAAAUCUUUUAUCUUAACGAGGCCGACGGACCUCCGUGACACUACGACACUCCAGCGAAGCCGAUGAUACGCCCGCGUUUCUUUAACGAGGAGCUUCUGGAAACACCAUCGAUGACGUCAGUUGAUUUUGAGCUUUUAAAAAGUGUACUUGAAACAUUCAGUCUGCCAAUUAUUAUUACUGCCUUUAUUUAAUGACAUGUAGAAACACAACUUCUGAAUUAUAGUCCAUCUUUAGUUUAUACUAUAUCCCAAAGGACGCUUUUGAGAGAAGUUUUUGGAUUACCGACCUUUAAAGAACCAGGAUUAAGAGUAGAAAGAUAAUAAAUAUGUUGAGCAGAUUUAUUUAAGGUUUAUAAGAACAAUAAGGCUUCAUUCUGUAUUUUUUUCUUCUUGUCAACACAUCGAAUCCAUUCUGAAGACACACAAUCUUUACAAAGACUCACAAAAAGUUGUUUUCUUUAAGCAACAAGUCGCUGUAGUUUUUAUCAAACGUUACUCAAACUGCAGCUUCUUGUCUCGGUCUCACACCACCGUCGGUUUCAUCUUUAUCUGUCUGUGACAAAAAGAGUAGCAAGACGACCAUAGAAACACUGCAAUAUUCCCACAUUUCUACCUUCUGUCAUUUAGUGGCGUCUUUGCUGUUGAAAGUACGCCAGAGAAGCAGAGAAGGUUUCCCGUCAUAACUUCACCUUCUUCCAAAGUUCACAGAGGAAGGAGAAAGUCCAGCAACACUCGCACAAAUCUGUCGUUCCGGUGUGUUUCGACUUGAAGCUCGAUGGCCGUGAUGGAGGCUACAAGUCGAAACGUGUUCCAUCAGGGUUGUGAUGAGGGUUCGAGUUCAGGCCGUCAGCCCUCGUUCGAUAACGAAUAAACAACCUGUUGAUUCGGACCGAUCAUGUGGUGAGUGAGUCAAACCAGACUUCAGAUUUAAGUUCUGCUCUUUGGCCGAGACUGUAAACAUCGUUAAACCAUAUCGUUUUAUAAUCAAUCGCAGGUCUGCUCAGAGUUUUUACUGGAUAGUUCGAGAUCGAGCUGAACUCCAGAAGUCUUUAAUUAUCUUGUUGAUAUCUGUGACAUUUAUUUUAUGCACCACACGUAUCAGUUUUAUUACCCUGCAGCACUUCUAUUAUGCAACGAUAAGAAAGGGAGAAACUUGUAUUUAAUAGAUUCGUUUUUUUUUUUUUAAAAGAUUGAAUGUUGGCUUUGGCCAGUGUGUGUCUGUGUGACUGUAACUGACUUUAAAUCCUUAAUAUUUUAGACCCUGUAAUUUUUUAUGUAAAGCCAUAGAAGUUAAACUGAUAGAACGAUCUGAAGCUGAGGCUGCGUUUGUGUCCGACGCCGAAGAAGAAACCAAACGAUGUGUUUCAGCUCCGACUUGAGAUCAGCGUCACAGGAUUUGGCGACUGCUUUGUGACUUGUUACUCUGAAAUUUUCCAGCAGGACGUCGACCUGCACGUCUUUUACAAGUUUUUGAAAGCUGUGUGACGUCAACGUGGCGAAGAUUUCCUCGGGACAAGAUCAGCAGACAUUUACCAGAAAUAUACCAGAAACAAGUCCAGAGCACGUUCAUCCCAAUACUACUUCUUUUUUUAAAAAACAUUGAAAACUCUACUGCUUAUUGAAUAUGAAAAGGAUUUAUCGCAUCUGAUGCUUUUCAAAUCGGGAAGUAAAGAAAACAAUUAUCUUAAAAAUCGAAUGCUGGAUAGUUUAUUUUCUGGUCUGCUUCCACCGUGAGUCUGUUCUAUCAGUUUUAUUUCUGCGCCGACACUAGUACAAACACUGUAGGGUGUCCUGGCUCAGGCUGAAGCCGGUGAACCCGCUGUCUGUCUGCAGUCAUGCUUUGCUGAACUUAAUAAUCCUCGGGGGGGACAAUAGACGCCCGGCGUGAGCUCCGAAUAACUCCAGAGAUGUUUUGGGAUCUCUGCGACCUGAGAUAUGUUGUAAAAGUUUAGUUUCUUUAACGUUUCUUUUGGUUAAUUGUUUAAUCUUCUGUUGUGACUCAGCUGUGUGGAUGCUCUGGUUAGGUGUUACGCACCAAAACAACGUGGUUAUGGUUAGUUAGAGUGUGUUUUCAGCUUGUUCUGCUGCCCCCAAGUGUAAUUAAGCUUUAAUACGUCAUCACUGAUGUUAGCAACAGAUGCUAACACUCAGUGAUCGCAUAACUCUCUACAAAAGACAUUUUAUGAUACGAUAUUUGUCAUGGAAAGACGAUUUAAAUCCAUUUUUAAUAUAAAGUCAUAAAAUCUAUGCAAACAGCUAUCAUCCAGUUGUUGAUUAGCUUAGCUUAGCUUAGCUUAGCUUAGCACAAAUACUGGAAACAGCUAGCCAGGCUCUGUCCAGGAGGUAACAACCUACCAGCGUCUGUACAGCUCUAGAGAUAAUUCAUGUAAAAACAUUUUAUUCCCGGUGGAUGUUUUUACAAACAGUCGGCGAGUCUCGAGCUGAACCGGUUCUGUCAGCUGUGAAGACAGUUUACAGCCCCUCAAACUGCAAAUCAACAACAGAUUUAUUCACAUGUCAACAAACCUUUGUAUCAUACUCGUCCAUCACAGUUAGAUUUUUAAAUGACUUUUUACUGUACAGAAUUAACGCCAAAUAGAUUUUUUUGAAUAUUGUACUGGCAGAUGUUUCAUCUCAAGAAGUUUCAACACACACUGUUUUUUUUUUUUUUCUUCACAACUCGCUCUGUGAUUUAUCAGACGUCUGUAGACGCACCUGGAGAUGCACCUGCAGUAAAUAUAUUCUUCUUCUCAACAUUUAAACUACGAUCUUCAUCCUCCCUCCGUCUGUCUUUCACUUCUUCACUCCUCCUCGUGUUCGUCUUUGAUUCUGACUCAGCUGCCUUUUUUGUCCCGGCCUCCAGAAACGCCUCGUAAAUCUUUUGGUGUUUAGUUGACGUGUGCAAGUGUGCGUGAGUGUGUGUGUGUGAGUGUGUGUGUGUGUGUGUGUGUGUGUGUGUGUGUCUGGACACUGCUGCCUUGUGAUUUAAUUCCUCUGAACACCAAACCAUCUUUGUCUUAGAGACAGAAGAUAAGAACGUAUGGAAGAAAUGAUCAUUGUGGCUUGAAUUAAAAAAUAAAUAAAUAAAAGUUAACACAAUCUUGGCCGCUCUCAGCUUCCGUAGCUCAGGACACAGUAAAAGAUGGAUUCAGCUGAUUUGACGGGAUUUUUCAGCUUCAUGUUUUCAUCUUAAAGUUUUCGCUGACUGUGUUUUAACUUGUUUCCCAGUCGUCAGUUUCUGGGGAAACAAACAAACAAACAAACAAACAAACAAAC